AUGAUACACAUGCAGCGUUCCCUCUCCCUCCCGGGGCCCGCGCACGCCUCUCCCCCUGUCUCUCCUACUAUUACGCAUGUCUCCUCGCGCAGCCCGACCCCAUCUCCUCUCGAUAACCAUAAACAUACUGCCUCCCAGCAACACCAUCGAUAUCGCUCUCCAAGCCCCAGCAGGCCACCUACAUCCUACAAAGAGCCGCCAUCCGAGCGAGCGCGAACCCGGCAGACCUCGCCCUCUCCUGUGUCUACCAGACAGGAAAUACCGCCAACCGCUCAAGCAGAAGCCAAUUCUGAGGUUAUCCGCCCCCCACUCAAAUUACCUCCGCUCCCUCUACUCCAAGAUAUAUCACAGUACACAAACCCCCAGCUUGCAACAGUAACUGCCGCAACUGCGUCAACAACUCUGGAGGAACUUGCCCACCUGGUCCGGCUUUCUACAUACCAGGAAAAGAAGCGGACCUAUUCUCGUGUGCGAUUACAAAGAUCCCUCGUUUCUACUGCUCUCUCCGCGCGUCUGGCGCGAUGCGGGGAGUUGGCCCAUCGGACAUUAGUUGACAAUUUUAGGGGUGACGAGAAAAAAAGUUUUGCCAAUCUUUACAAUGGGAUCCAUGAUGUCCGGAACUCAUGCGACGCCACUCGGCGAUAUGCAUUACUAGAACCAGAUCUAGAUGGAGGGCGUUCAAGUCUUAGCGGGGAGCAAACCGGCUCUCUCUCCACGUUUAUGCAUGAAAUACCACACCGAUCCAGGGACACCCUUCUUAGGUUCCUAACCCAGAUUAGGACAAAUCCAGACUAUCUAGCCAGCCGUAUCUCCAGCCUUUCUUCCACAGAGCUUUCUGCUUUAACAGUGUUCCACCAAGGAUUGGAGGCAGUGGACUCGGUGCUACCAUUUCACAAUCGUUCAAAGGCCCAUAUUCCAGGUAAUCACCGGAAUGCUGCCCAAGCACCCACUGCGGUGGAGCGGUUACUUUCUUUCCAGCGCCAUGACCCUCUGUCUGCUUUGAUUCAUACAUGCUUUGCAAAUUCAGCUGGCCCAGAUUCCCAGGAAGACCUCCGAAGGACUGAUGUUUGGGCCACCACAUGUGCUAGGCUGAUCAACGAGAGCAAAACUGGCGUGGAUCCAUUUAUUUGCAGUGUUCUUAAUGUUUGGACAGCCAUGCGGGAUUGGUCCGGCCGGAGUAACAUGGAAUGGUAUCUCAUGAAAAUCCUCGAGGAUGGAGCCUUCUUAUUAGAAAAAGCCGAGGACCAAGCUGGGACCCGUAUCCACGUGGAACCACGAAACGCCAAGGAUUCAAUCGCUGCGGAUGAAUUCUACACGGCUGCUGUCCAAGGCCUUUUUGAGAUUGUUGAUGAUCCAGGAGCAGGAGGUAUACCCGAAGGACUCCUUGAACUUGGAAAUGCCAUUCUUCGUAAACUUGACCCCAAAAAACACAUGCCUACAAGGAUAUUCUUGGUGUCAAAAUGGCUCUUUUCGGUGUUCCUUCUCAAUGUCAUUAUCCACCCCGAGUCGUAUGGGAUGAUGUCAGAGUACCAUAUCACCGAAUAUGGGAGACAGAAAAUCCUGAAAGAGGUUGCAAUGCGGGCAACGAAAUUUGUGAUAGACAUGGUUUGGGGCAAUUCGUCAUCCACGCCACUAUUGAUCAAAGGCCAUAUUGAGAACAUUAUGUCCCGUUUUCGGUCAAGUCGGACUUCUAAAUCCAAGGCGAAACUCCUUCCUGCAAGGUCUAUCACCUCAUUGAGAGAAACUGUGGAAGUUCAUCCAUAUCUUGUACUUGCCCCCUCAGAUCUACUCACUUUGGUCAAUGCUCUUUUCCCGGAGAGACGGCCACCAUCUAGUUCCCUGGCCAAAGAUAUCCAUGGCUUACGCUCGUCUGCCUCUUCAGUCUCUGGCUUCUCAGUUACUCCAUCAAUCCCAGUGCCUACACCACGCACUGCUUUUGAUAAUGCCUCUGUCAUCAGCAACAGUGGCUCCUCAGUGGUAAGCGAUAUCACUACGUCACGCGAACCACUUCUUGAUGAGAAUUCAAACUCUGUACCAAGACAUUCCUCCCAUUCCAUGUCCUCAUCAAAUCCAAAUCAGCGUCUUAGUUUGUAUGAGGAUGAUGGCUUUGAGCUUCGUAUUGCUGUCGAUGAAAUGACUCAAACACUAGGUUUGGAUGGGAUCUCUGGAACUUGCCACGCCUGCGCUGAGCGAUGGGCCGUGCUCUUCAUCUCUCCUGAUGGCCAGAGUUUGUCUGCUCAUAUGCUCCACGACCCGGAAGAUGACCUUGAAGAGGAAGAAUUUACUACUAGUAGUGAUAGUGAUGAGGGGAUCCCAAACUCGCGUCCAGACCUGGACAAAGACUACCAUCAGCUAAGAGACUCGAUCUUGAAGUUGGUCGAGGAUUACGAGAUACCACAAUCCAUGAACUCUAGAGCCGAAUCAAAGACAUUCAGCAACAGAACAUCCACUCUAGAAAGCCCUAGGAAAAAGCACCGCAGUCGGCCUGGAUCCUCAGCCAAAACAACAUCAAAGAAUCCUUAUCGCCCUCGACAGCCGUCUCCCGGCACCGCUACAAAACAUAUAGACCUUCGACUGCGGUAUGAUUCGGAAAGUGAGAGACAGUCGGAUGAAGAGCUCCCUUCCGUGCUUAUAGCUAUGUUGGAAGCCGCAAGAUCACAGUGUGAAGCUCAAUCGGACUUUGUCAACGCUCACCUAUACUGGAAGACAUUGGACCAACUUCAUCAACUCUCCUCUCCGUCUCUGAAACGCGACGGGUUUGCGUCACUCCUGAGCAUCUUCUCUCGAGGCCCUAGAGAUUCCAUUCGGCGUUCUGCAAGUGCCAUAGAGGAGUAUGAUGCAUGGUUGGUGUGGUUAAAGCAAUCCCAAGAACGUCAUGAUGUGACUAUUGAAUCUAUGAUGAAGCGAUUGAAAGCUCUCCGAGAUAAGAUGUGGUAUGUUACUGAUGUAAGAAACUCGGCCGCUUAUGAAGGUGCGCGAAACAUUGCCGUUGCUCUAAAGUGCAUGGCAUCGCCAAAGAAAGCCUCCUAUCUCCCUCCAGCAGGAAUCCGGCCUCGGAACAUGUCCAGAUCCUCCGCAAACAAUUUCUUACUCAAAACAGAGGCGCAGGUAAUGGACAUGAUGGCUGCUGCCGAGGACCAAGGUGGGCCAAACAAGCUAUCAGAUGAGCAAUCUGAAAAGACUCUACGUUGGCUGUCGCAGUUCGGGAUCGAGAACUUUUGCAAGGGCGAGGAGCGCAUCCACAGGUUCUGUUUGGAAAUCGAGACUUGUAUCAAUAAGCUUGUUGGUGACAAUCUUAUGGAUGGUCCUGUCCUAUGGUCUAGUGAGUUGUAUUCUCGAGAUAGGCGCCUCUUGGACGGCGGCAGGCAAAAGGGAGAUCUGUUCAUUAACGGUUUUGGGGCAUUGAACAUGUCCGGUGAUGAUCUUGUUGAGCCAGACUCGGGGCGACGCAGCCUGAGAAGUACAAACUUUAGUCGGCCUGGUCUUCAGGACCUUCGAGCCAUGUCGACGAGGAACCAAUCACAACAGAGUUUUGAUUCGGGGAGAUUCAGCAUGUCCCGAAUGAGUAUAAAUGGGGAUCUUAUGGAUUCUCAGGAUUACUUCGGCAUGGCUAGUCCAGUCCUGACAAUCGAUUCAUCCACCACUUUCUGGUCUCCCUUUCAAACCAGAGCGCAAUCUCCGACCACAAGUAUCAGUAGCGCGCGUCCUGGUACAGCUUCGUCGACGAAUGAGACGGUUAUGUUAAAGGAAGAGCGUGCGGCUCAGGCCAAGCAAAGGUUUCUUAUUGACCUAAAGCAAACUUUGACCAGUCUCCUUCUCAGCGACCUUGGCAUGUUGGUCUUCGCUAGAGGAAGCGAGACCGACUCUUGGUUCGCAGGUGAUCUUGGGCAAGAUUGCAUGGAGAGACGAGAGCGUGCGGACCAGAAGGCUCGCCGGAAGAUCAAGAGGCGAACUCUGGAAAAGAAGAAAAGCUUCAAAGAUCUCCGUGGAGCGCAUAAGGUCGAAUUGUCGGGAGAGCGUCCCGACAGCUCAAUGGAGAAGAUGGAUAGAUCAUCUCCCAGUCGCUCAAGGCACUCGAGUGAGCGAGGUGGGGGUUCUCAAGCCGGUGCCGAAAGUUCUUCCACAAGUGAGGUGGGCGGCCGUGGUUCUCGAAAGAGCAUACCGAAAGACCUCAGCUCUCCCGACUUCCCUUACCGGCAAGCCUUCCAACGAUUGUUAAGGAUGUUCUCAGUUCAUCCAAAUCCAUACGCAAAACUCAAUGCGCUGUAUGAAUUAGAACAUCUGAUUAUCGCAUUUCUCACGCCUUCAGCGCCCCGCCGUCCUCGUUUCCGCCAAGAUACUUUGACAUCUACUGCUCCGCCGGAAGUUCAGCAUGUGAGCGCUUUCGGGCACAGCGAUACAAUGCCAGCUGCACCGCGUGCCAAGAACCUGGAGGAGGCAAUUGAUAACUGCAAGGAGCGUCGUUCGCAGACCCUGAACCAGUCCGAGGCUGCCUCGCCUGUGUAUCGCACAACUGAGCGGUCAACGAAUGCUCCCAAUCCUGCCAGUACCGACAUGAUCGUCGAAGUCUUGCAAGACUUAUUCCGCGAUCCAGACAUUAGACCCAAAACCGUUUUCCGUGACCUCCAAUUCAUUGCGUCCUUUGUACCUGCUGCGAUCCUUGACAAGACAGAGCGUGGGAAAGCAUUUUGGGAUGCUGCCCUUGCUGCCCUCGGCCUCAAACAAGAUGUUUGUCGCACACUUAUCGAAAUCGCAGAUGAGGUGGUGGUCUACUACACCCAGACCCGUAAAAUGACCAGCUCCUCUACCGAGCCGAUUCCGCCUACCUCUAAUGGGGAAGUUAUGAAAUAUAGUAUGCAGGAUGCAGCUAAUAUGUGGACUAUCACCGCGAAAGAAGGUGAUCCAGUUGCUGAGCGGGAGCUGGCAAUCUUCUACCUCACACAUCCAGAACUCGUGGAAAGGGUUACGGCGCCAUUAAGCAAGCCGCGCGAGACAUUCAAGGCGCAAGUCAUGGAAAUGCAUGGCGGUGGCAGCACUGGAAAGGAGGAGAGAGACAGAGAGAGAAGUGACCCAGCAACAAUGUGCGCUGCAUAUCACUGGAUGGAGCUGAGCGCAUUGGGAGGAGACGGUCUUGCUAAGACCUACCUGCGACAAAGAGAGGAGCUAAACGCCAUCCCUUGA